AUGUCGUUCAGACCUGGAGGCACUAAUCACGGACCCACCGGCCAAGCAGCAGGGGGAGAAGGCGGCCUAGAGUCUCAGGGGAAUGGAGUAGACGGGCAUGAGGUUAUCGUGAAGGAGAAAGCGGCAUGUGAUCGUUGCCGCCAGCGAAAGGUGCGGUCCUUCUAUUUACCUGCAGCAAAGAUUGUUCCUGCGGAGGCACAGUGUACCUUCAGACUGGCUCACGGAGCCAAAGAAAAGCGGCAGCGGGUCCUGAUCUCGAGUGUAUAUGAGAGGAGACUUGAGCAUAUUUCGAACAGAAUUGAGGAGCUAUACGGAAUCAUAGGACAACUUAGAGAUGAGCGCCAUAAUGAGGACAGUAGCCUUAUGGCCCCAGCUAGAUUACGAGCACCGUCAUAUUCCUCGCUCCAAUCUGGCAGACUUCGGGCACCCGCCAAAGCUCUAGCUCCAGUGGAAGGGAUUGAGUCCGCAUUGUUUGCUCAGGUCAUUUGCGCAGCGGGAGCUCUUGAAACCGCUGUGAUGAAUGACCCAUACUCUAGGGCCGUCGACGACAUAACUUCGGCGUUGAAUACUUUGCGGAACACAGUCAAUGAUCAAAAGCAGCAAAAUGAGACGCUGGCAGGGUCACGUUCAUUUCCAAAGGCGCUGCCUUCUGGUCUCAGUCUCAGGGAUUUGCCUAUCCCUCCCCUGGAUAAAAUCAUGGCAUGCCUCAGGAUCGCUCAAGAGAGCUCGCCGAGCGAGCUUUACUGGCCCUUUGAAUUUGGAUCUCUAGGAGACUUCACCCAGUACGUGAUCAGAGCCUGCACACCCGGGCCGAUUAGCGAUAUGGAGUUGAUCAUAGUUCACUACGUUCUUUCCUCGCUCUUCACCCAAUGCUCGAUGGGUGCCGAUGACGAGACGCUCAGACAGGACUACGAUGUGCAAGCUGAAACGUGCAGGGAGAGUCUCGAGACAAUUCUAUCGAGCCUUUCCUUUCACAUUGAUACCAAUAUUGACUCCGUCUGUGCCUUGUACAUGGCGGGAAAAGUGUCCACAGCCUGGACGUUUAUUUCAAGAGCGUCACUUAUGUGCCUGGCUUUGGGGUUGCAUAGUAGCCAGGCCAUGGUAACAGAACAAGAAAACGCAAUGCAGCGAAAGAUGAGUCUUUUCUGGGCUGUGUACGCCCUGGAGAAAGCUGUGGCUUUACGGCUCGGCAGGCCAUCGACUAUUAGAGACGAGGACAUCACCAUCCCACGAAUCAUUUUGGGCCGCAAAAUGACCUCCCUAGCAUACAACCGGCUGCCUGACUGGAUCGAUGCCGCUAGCCUCUACGGCCGCUUGUACGAUAGCUUGUAUAGUCCGACUGCGUUGGAACAACCGGGCUCUGUUCGCGUGUCUCGUACCAGUGCACUGGCUUCUGAGCUGGAGCGGAUGAUAGUCGCGAGAACCGGAUACUAUAAUCAGCCAGACCUGUGGAGUAGCCAUUUGCUAGAUCCAACCCUUUCACGGUUCAUGAUACACGCCAACAGAGCUAUAGCAUACUCAACCUUGGCGUCCAUAUACCGAGGAGUCCCAGCAGAGAGUCAGAGUCCUUCGGGUAUAAUACCAUGUACGCAAUGCAUCGCCGCUGCGCGAGUAGCCCUUGAAGAAAGCGAAGCCAGCAUUGCCAUACUUUCAGAUGCAGCAAAGUGGCCCACCGGUCUUUACAAAUGGGUCAACGAGAUUCUCCUCCUAGCGCCAUUUAUCCCCUUCACAAUCCUGGUCUGUAAUGUUGUUGAUACUGUUGACGCGUCGGACCUGGGCUGCUUGGGGGGAGUGGUUGACGGUCUACAGGCUCUGGCACAAUUGCCGCGCUAUGCGAGCUGCAAUAGACAGCUGCGUGUUUUCAAGUCACUGUAUGAUGUUGCGGCUCGUUACGUCGAAGCAAAGACAAGCCGGGAAUCAACAGACGCGACUGGCACUCUAUUCACGAAUCCCGACACCGAUGUCUACUUCAAUGAUGACACUUGGUUAGAGAAUGGAUUCUCUCCUGUCUCGUCUUUACCUGUCCAGCAGGGCGAGCUGUUUUAG